AUGGCGACUCCUUACCCAAAACCCAUUAGUCCCAGUCAGACCCGUGUGGGCUGGAUUGGCAUUGGAGUCAUGGGCGCUGCCAUGGCUUCUCGUGUCAUAUCUGCUGGUUAUACCCUCACAGUCUACGCUCGAACCCCAGAGAAGGCUCGUGGGUUGCAAGAGCGAGGAGCCCUUCUGGCCAAUUCCCCUGCAGAUCUGGCUCGGAAGAGCGAUGUGGUGUUCACGAUGAUUGGGCAUCCAUCCGACGUUCGAUCUGUUAUGCUCGGCGAUGAAGGUGUUCUAUCUGGCCUCGGUGAGGGUGGGGUAGUUGUUGACACAACAAGCAGCCACCCUGUGCUUGCUCGAGAAAUUGCCUCAACGGCCCGUGAGAGAGGUUGUUGGGCUAUUGAUGCUCCUGUUUCAGGCGGCGAUAAUGGUGCCAGAGAUGGGAAAUUGGCGAUCUUUGCAGGUGGGGAUGAAGGCGUGGUGAGGUGGCUGUCGCCUUUGUUUGAGGCUAUGGGAAGGGCAACCUAUAUGGGUGGUCCUGGAUGUGGACAGAGCUGCAAGAUUGCGAAUCAGAUUACGGUGUGUGCGAAUCUGCUUGGGCUGGGUGAGGGGUUGGUGUUUGCGGAGAAAGCAGGGCUUGAUUUGAAGCAAUUUAUGAAUUCUAUCAGAGGAGGCGCCGCCGGGUCUAUGGCGAUGGAGCUGUUUGGGGAGAGGGUGAUUGAUAGGGAUUUCAGGGCUGGUGGGUUUGUAGACUAUGUGACGAAGGAUCUGGGUAUGGCUCUUGAUGGGGUGGAAGAUAAUGUAGUGGUAUUGCCUGGUGCUGCCUUGUCUAAGCAGCUCUACCUGGGUAUGGUGGCUAAUGGAGAUGGCAAGCUUGGCCACCAUGGUUUGAUUACAGUCAUUGAGAAGCUCAAUUCAAUUGCCAAGUGAAUAAAAUUCUUUCUCUAACUCCUCUGUUUCUUCUCCUCAUAAAAAUCUGAUUCGGGUUUUUGAAGAUUUGUCUUUUUUCACCUCUAUUUGAAGAUGGUUAUGGGUGAGACUCACAGUGGGAUGGAGGAAGGAGAGGCUUGGGAGGAGAGACUACUCUAUUUGCUUCUGGGGUGGUUAGAUUUCACUUGGGGCUUUGUCUGUAAGAACAGAAAUUUCAAGUUUCCAUGGUUGUAUAGUUUAUUUAUUGAAUUGUUUAGCGAGUUCUUUGUUUCAAAGUUCCAGUCUUGAUUUCCAGCUUCAUUUCUGCUUCAAUUAAGAAAAGCUGUUCAGCUUUGUGUUUGAGUUCA